UCCUGGCUGGGCGGUCCUCCCCCCAGGGACUCAGGUUCAGAGGGGCAGCUUAAGGGGAGGAUACCCCACUGGCCAGGAUUCCCCAGGCUCUGCCGCUCUGCCACUCAGCUGCCCUCAGAGGAGUGUGCACACCCACCAAGACUGCAUUGCCCCAGCCGUGCAGCCCCUGCCAGAUGUGGGAGGCAGCUAGCUGCCCAGAGGCAUGCCCCCCUGCCAGCCACGCCGACCCCUGCUGCUGUUGCUGCUGCUGCUGGCCUGCCAGCCACAGGCCCCCUCCGCUCAGGUGAUGGACUUCCUGUUUGAGAAGUGGAAGCUCUACGGUGACCAGUGUCACCACAACCUGAGCCUGCUGCCCCCUCCCACGGAGCUGGUCUGCAACAGAACCUUCGACAAGUAUUCCUGCUGGCCGGACACCCCCGCCAAUACCACAGCCAACAUCUCCUGCCCCUGGUACCUGCCUUGGCACCACAAAGUGCAACACCGCUUCGUGUUCAAGAGAUGCGGGCCCGACGGUCAGUGGGUGCGCGGACCCCGAGGGCAGCCUUGGCGUGACGCCUCCCAGUGCCAGAUGGAUGGCGAGGAGAUUGAGGUUCAGAAGGAGGUGGCCAAGAUGUACAGCAGCUUCCAGGUGAUGUACACGGUGGGCUACAGCCUGUCCCUGGGGGCCCUGCUCCUCGCCUUGGCCAUCCUGGGGGGCCUCAGCACGCUGCACUGCACCCGCAACGCCAUCCACGCGAACCUGUUUGCGUCCUUCGUGCUGAAAGCCAGCUCCGUGCUGGUCAUUGAUGGGCUGCUCAGGACCCGCUACAGCCAGAAGAUUGGUGACGACCUCAGUGUCAGCAUCUGGCUCAGUGAUGGAGCGGUGGCUGGCUGCCGUGUGGCCGCAGUGUUCAUGCAAUAUGGCAUCGUGGCCAACUACUGCUGGCUGCUGGUGGAGGGCCUGUACCUGCACAACCUGCUGGGCCUGGCCACCCUCCCCGAGAGGAGCUUCUUCAGCCUCUACCUGGGCAUCGGCUGGGGUGCCCCCAUGCUGUUCAUCAUCCCCUGGGCGGUGGUCAAGUGUCUGUUCGAGAACGUCCAGUGCUGGACCAGCAAUGACAACAUGGGCUUCUGGUGGAUCCUGCGGUUCCCUGUCUUCCUGGCCAUCCUGAUCAACUUCUUCAUCUUCGUCCGCAUCGUUCACCUGCUCGUGGCCAAGCUGCGGGCGCGGCAGAUGCAUCACACAGACUACAAGUUACGGCUGGCCAAGUCCACGCUGACUCUCAUUCCCCUGCUGGGUGUCCACGAAGUGGUCUUCGCCUUCGUGACGGACGAGCACGCCCAGGGCACCCUGCGCACUGCCAAGCUCUUUUUCGACCUCUUCCUCAGCUCCUUCCAGGGCCUGCUGGUGGCUGUCCUCUACUGCUUCCUCAACAAGGAGGUGCAGUCGGAGCUGCGGCGGCGUUGGCACCACUGGCGCCUGGGCAAAGUGCUACGGGAGGAGCGGAGCACCAGCAACCACAAGGCCUCAUCUUCGCCCGGCCGCGGCCUUCCCAGCAAGGAGCUGCAGUUUGGGAGGGGUGAUGGCAGCCAGGAUUCAUCUGCGGAGACCCCCUUGGCUGGUGACCUCCCUAGAUUGGCUGAGAGCCCCUUCUGAACCCUGCUGGGACCCCAGCUAGGGCUGGACUCUGGCACCCAGAGAGCGUAGCUGGACAACCCAGAACUGGACGCCCAGCUGAGGCUGGGGGAGGGGGAGCCAACAGCAGCCCCCACCUACCCCCACCCCCAGUGUGGCUGUCUGCGAGAUGGGGCCUCCUCUCCCUGCACCUGCCCUGUCCCUGGCUCAGGGGCGAGCAGAGGAGUACAGGGCAGGGGUGCGGGCUGUGCCGUGAAAUGCACGCCAGCGUCCCCACGUAUGUCGGCACGUCCCGUGUGCGUGGAAAUGUCCUCCAACAAUAAAGAGCUCAAGUGGUCA